CUUUUUUAUUUGUACACGAUUAGUUUAGUUUUCCACCUACUUUUCCAAGAUCCCAUCAAUAACGUCUUUAAGAAGUUCCAUUCUCCAGUUUCUCCCUGCCCUCUGGCUUCUGCCUUGAUGAUUUCCACUUACCUAACUCUUCUGUCUUUGUUCCUUUACAUCAUCUUCGUCUCUGGAUGCCUCCCUGUCCAGAGAUCGGCGCUGCUACAACUAAAGAAGGGCUUCAAUUUCUCUGAGCUGGAAUCUUGGCAGCCAAACACGAACUGUUGUCAAUGGAGCGGCAUCCUUUGCGACGAUGAUUCGGGUAAUGUCAUCCAUCUCGACCUCAGCUCUCAAAACAUAUCGGGUAGGAUUGAUCCGAUCCUUUUUAAUCUCACUUCGUUGCGUGCUCUCAACCUUGCCUUCAACAACUUCUUUGGAAGCUUUCUUCCAAGUUCUGGAUGGGAAAAGCUUGGGAAUCUCACACAUCUGGAUCUUUCAGACUCGGGAUUCCAGGGGCAAGUACCCAUCGGCAUCUCUCGUCUCAAAAAUUUGGUUUAUUUGGAUCUGUCUUACCUCGAGUUCACAUAUCUAGAGCCAAAUUUCGAAGCGCUUCUCCAAGGGCUCAGUAAUCUGAGGGUGCUCUAUCUUGAUGAUGUGAACAUCUCUGCUAGUGGAGAGGAAUGGUGUGGAGCUUUAGCUAGGUCAACUCCCAAACUUCAAGAGUUGAGCUUGGUAUUUUGUUCGCUCUCCGACGGCAUUGGAAUUUCCUUAUCCAAGCUUCGGUCUUUGUCCAUCCUUGACCUUGAAGGGAACAAUUUGAACACCAAUAUACCUGAUUUCUUUGUUAAUUUUACUUCAUUAUUUGUGCUUCGGCUAGGUUAUUGUGGGCUUAAAGGAUUUUUUCCCAAAGACAUAUUUAAGCUUAAGAAUUUAACAAUUGUUGAUGUCUCCUCUAAUCCAAUGCUUUCUGGUUCCCUCCCAGAUUUCACUAUGGAUAGUGCUCUAAAAAGUUUGGUGCUUUAUGACUCAAAAUUUUCAGGGUUUUUACCUGAUACAAUUGGCAAUGUAAGGUCUUUGGAAAUAUUAGAUCUUUCAAACUGUAAUUUCUACGAGAAAAUACCAUCUUCAAUUUGGAACUUGACUCAGCUAAGGAAUUUGAUCCUCUUCUCCAAUAAUUUCACAGGUCUGAUUCCUCCUUUUCAGUCACCUUCAUCUGUUGUUGAGGUAACAAUCGCACAGAAUCAAAAAUCAGGUUCAAUACCUAGAGUUUAUGGAGGGAGAGGUCUUCAAAAACUUGUCAUAAUUGAUCUAUCUAAUAACUCGCUUUCAGGCCCAAUCCCUGAAACCCUAUUUAAUCUACCUCAGUUGCAGGCAUUGCUGCUUUGGCAGAACCAGCUCUCUGGCCAACUUCCUGUGUUUGUUGAAGCUUCUUUAUUGAAAAAUAUUGAUCUCAGUAAUAAUAACCUCCAAGGAAAAAUCUCAACGGCACUUUUUCAGUUGUCUGGACUCGAAUUCCUCUCGCUUGCUAUGAAUAACUUUACUGGAUUUUUCCAGUUGGACUCUAUGUUAUUUCUCAAGAACCUCUCAUAUCUUGAUUUAUCAAACAAUAAUAUCAAUGGAGAGAUCCCUACAUUGAUUGGAAAUCUUGUUUCUCUAUACUUGCUCAACAUGUCAAGAAAUGCUUUGACAGGUCCAAUUCCUCAUCAGCUUGGCAGUCUGACACAACUCAAGUACUUGGAUCUCUCUAAAAAUCAUCUUUAUGGAGAAAUCCCUCUUGAACUUGUUUCUUUAAUGUUCCUUUCUGCUUUAAAUCUCUCCUACAACAACCUAGUUGGAAGAAUUCCUAAAGGUGGCCUAUUCUCGACGUUCUCAAACACUUCAUUUGAAGGAAAUGUGGGACUAUGUAGGUUUCCUUGCAACACUUUAGUUGAAAUGAUGAACAAUAUCUCGAUAUCGCCUCCAACUUUAGAUGACAUAGAAAACAAAAGUUAUAUGAUUAUAUUGGGAAUAUUAUUUGGUGUUGGAUUUGGAGGGUCAAUGGCAAUCGUUAUUGUGCUUGAUGUCUUGUGCUUUGAUAGAAGCAAGAGGAGAAACAGGAGAACUGUUGAUGGAUAAUUGGUGAUUUUGUAUUCUUAAUCUAAACUUUUUUUCCUUUCCAUCAAGUCGAACUCCACUUGUAUCUAA